CCCCAGAGCUCGACGGUGGCGGCCUCGCACGGGGUCGGAUCAGCGGAGACCCGCGGAGGGGCAGCAGUGGCGGCCUCGGGAAAACGUCUUUCUCUAGAGUUACAUACAUAGAACAUCCUGGAGUCCACCAUGAAUGGGCAGUUGGAUCUGAGUGGGAAACUAAUCAUCAAAGCUCAGCUUGGGGAGGAUAUUCGACGAAUUCCCAUUCAUAAUGAAGAUAUUACUUAUGAUGAAUUAGUGCUAAUGAUGCAGCGAGUCUUCAGAGGAAAACUUCUGAGUAAUGAUGAAGUUACAAUUAAAUAUAAAGAUGAAGAUGGAGAUCUUAUAACAAUUUUUGAUAGUUCUGACCUUCCUUUGCAAUUCAGUGUAGUAGAAUACUGAAACUGACAUUAUU